UCUUUCUUUCUUUCUUUUUUGAAUAUCAUUAUGAAUAUAGAAACAAGUAGAACCUCUUUAAUUCCACAUUAUCAACAUCAAACAAGAAAAGAAAUAGAUGAUUCAAUUUAUGAACUUUUAUCUUUUUAUCUUCGAGAUGCUUCUUCAUCCCUUCCACCAUCUACAACAAAACAACCCUAUGUAAAACGAAAUCAACGUCAAAAAAAAAGUGCUUGGCUUGAUACUAUGUCCCGUCAUAAUAAUAAUAAUAAUAGAGAGUUAAAUUUACUGGAAAAGAAUACAUUAAAAAAUAUGUCUAUUCCUCCAUUGAUUUAUCAUGAUCGACGGUCUCCUACUACAGUAAAAAAGGGUCGAAACAAAUCCGUUUCCUUUAGUGAGAUAGUAACAGUCAUUCCAUGGUCAUCAAAACAGCAGCAACAAGCUGAUGUUGAUGAUGAUGAAUUUGUAGAUGCUCUUGAAGAAUUUACUUUAUAAGAAGAAGAAAAAAAAUUCAUUUCUUUUCCUUUGUUUUUAUUUUAUUUUAUUUUUAUUUUUUUUGUAUAUAUUACAAUGUGAUGACUUUUUAUUUA